AUGUCUACUGCAGCCGCAUUGAUCAAGCAGCAUAAGUUUCUUAUGUUAUCUAAGUCAUGGUGUCCAGAUUGCCAUUAUGCAAUUAACAUCUUCACCAAGUACAAGGUCCUCCCUAAAGUGCACAUUGUCGAACUGGACAAGAUGGAACCGCGGGAAGCCGUUCAGCUCGAGAAGCAGUUCACGGAGAUCUCCGGCAGGAAGUGGGUGCCAUCGCUGUUCUUCAAUGGUGAAUUCUCAGGUAACGAGGCCACCCUGAAGGAACUCGAGAGCCUCGAUAAAACUGAGAGCUGGUUCAAGAAAGUUGGUCUAUUGUAA